CCCCGCGCCCCAGGCCCCGCCGUCGGCCGCCCGCGCCCCCGGAGCCAUGGCCGCCCCCGACCUGUCCACCAACCUCCAGGAGGAGGCCACCUGCGCCAUCUGCCUCGACUACUUCACCGACCCGGUGAUGACCGACUGCGGCCACAACUUCUGCCGCGAGUGCAUCCGGCGCUGCUGGGGCCAGCCCGAGGGCCCGUACGCCUGCCCCGAGUGCCGCGAACUGUCCCCGCAGAGGAACCUGCGGCCCAACCGCCCGCUCGCCAAGAUGGCCGAGAUGGCGCGGCGCCUGCACCCGCCGUCGCCCGUCCCGCAGGGCGUGUGCGCCGCGCACCGCGAGCCCCUGGCCGCCUUCUGCGGCGACGAGCUGCGCCUGCUGUGCGCGGCCUGCGAGCGCUCGGGAGAGCACUGGACGCACCGCGUGCGCCCGCUGCAGGACGCCGCCGAGGACCUCAAGGGAAAGCUGGAGAAAUCCCUGGAGCAUCUGCGGAAGCAGAUGGAGGACGCGCUGCUGUUCCAAGCACAGGCUGAGGAGACCUGCGCCCUGUGGCAGAAGAUGGUGGAGAGCCAGCGGCAGAACGUGCUGGCAGAGUUUGAGCGGCUGCGCCGGCUGCUGGCAGAAGAGGAGCAGCGCCUGCUGCAGCGUCUGGAGGAGGAGGAGCUAGAGGUGCUCCCGCCCCUGCGGGACAGCGCCACCCGCCUAGGGCAGCAGAGCGCGCAGCUGGCCGAGCUCAUCGCAGAGCUGGAGGGGCGCUGCCAGCUGCCGGCGCUGGGGCUGCUGCAGGAUAUCAGGGACACCCUGCGCAGGGUACAGGACGUGAAGCUGCAGCUGCCUGAGGUGGUGCCCAUGGAGAUGAAGACGGUGUGCAAGGUCCCGGGGCUGGUGGAGGCACUGCGCAGGUUCCGAGGGGACGUGACCCUGGAUCCCGACACCGCCAACCCUGAGCUGGUGCUGUCGGAGGAUAGGAGGAGCGUGCGCCGGGGGGACCUGCGGCAGGCCCUGCCCGACAGCCCCGAGCGAUUUGACCCCGGGCCCUGCGUACUGGGCCGGGAGCCCCUCACAUCGGGCCGCCACUACUGGGAGGUGGAGGUGGGCGAGCGGGCCAGCUGGGCACUGGGUGUCUGCAGGGAGGACGCCAACCGCAAGGAGAAGGGCGAGCUGUUCGCGGGCAACGGCUUCUGGAUCCUGGUGUUCCUGGGCAGCUACUACAACUCCUCGGAGCGGGCCUUCGCCCCCCUGCGGGACCCGCCACAGCGUGUGGGCAUCUUCCUGGACUAUGAGGCCGGACACCUGUCCUUCUACAGUGCCUCCGACGGGUCCCUCUUGUAUGCCUUCCCUGAGACCCCCUUCUCAGGGACCCUGCGGGCUCUCUUCUCACCUCUGUCCAGCAGCCCCACCCCCAUGACCAUCUGUAGGCUGAAAGGCGGGCCUGGGGAUGCACUGGCCCCCCAGUGAGGGGCCUUCCAGCUGUUUGUGCACCUGGGCAGGUAGUGCUGUCUUCUGGGCAAAGGCAACGCUUCCAGCGCCUGGCAGACAUAACGCAUGUGCUAACAAAACUGACUGCUCACUGCUGGGAGCAUGUGCCCGCACAUGCAGGUUGUGCUUCAUCCUAUGUCUGGCCAUGGGGCACAGAGACACUCCCACUGGCCAGUGCCAGGCCUUGGGCUUGGGGCCCGGCGCCUCCAGAAAGCCAUGCUCAGGAGGCUGCUCCAAGGCCACUCACCUGUGUCUACACCUGUCCAGAGGACAGGGUGUGCUUGCCCUGGAGUAGCCAGGUCCCCUGUGAUAAAAAGGCCUGAGAAGCCAGCAGCAGAGGUUGUGGGGCCCGGAGGCCAGGACCCCCUGGGCAUAGACUCUCUUCUGGAAAAGGCUCCAUCCAGGUGCAGAUGUUCAGAUGCGGCAGGUGUGCAGGCCGGCCGGUGUCUGUCCUGGAGCCGCGCUCAGAACCCCUUGCCAGAGUACCCUGCCCUUCCCCUUGCGGUUUUCUCCCUGCUGGCCUGGGCGCCUCCUGACCCUGGUCCCCUGGCACUUCCCGCCCUGCCUGGGUGAGGGGGAGGCCUUAAAGGGCCCCCUCCCCCCUCGCUGCCACAGUCUGGAGUCCUCUUUGCUUUGUUCCGACUUAUUGGCACCUUUCUGGAAGGUGUGCUGCAGCUCAUUUGUGGCCCCAGAUUUUAUUUAUUGUAAGGACUGUUCUCAGUAAAUAAACUAAGCGUUGUCUGUAA